UUAUCCAAUCCAGUUAUUGUGUCCUUAAUUAAAUGGGCUCACGACAUGGCAGGGGUACCCAAUCCCAUGGGAAACAAAUUUCUCCAAAAUGUGGCGGAGGGCGCCAAAAGAGAGCAUGCUAAACCAGUUUCUAAGAAAACACCAAUCACCAGCAAAGUUUUGGAGGAGUGUUGUAUGUUGGAGCAUUGUUAUUGUUUUCUGGGUUUCUUAGGUACAAUGAGAUUGUACACCUCAAAAUGCGGGGCAUCGCCAUUUUUGACACUCAUGUGAGGCUAAUAAUCAGAAAAAACAAAACAGAUCAGUACAGGAAAGGCAAUCGGCUGGUUAUUCAUAGGUCAAACAAAAUCACUUCCCCCAUAUACUUAACCUAGAGAAGUAUAUGAGAAUUGCUUCCAUCACAUUAGAUAUCAGAGUACAAAAUUCUUAUUCAGGCCUGUAACCCAAACCAAAACAGGGGAUAAGGUAAUCGAUCGCAACAAACCCCUCAGCCAGAGCAGAGCACGGGAAUCUCUCAUUGGCAGAUUAGAGGAGCUUAUGGGGGACGCCAACAUUUCUUUGCAUUCAUCCAGGUCAGGUGGUGCAACUAAGGCAGCCAACUCUCAAGUUUCCGACCGAUGUUGGAAACGGUAUGGUGGAUGGAAGUCCGAAGCGGCCAAAGACGGUUAUGUAG